GCAGAACGGACCGUAAAGCUGCCGGCUCCCUCUUCCUCCUCCCUGUCAGACCAGAACUCCGAUCACGAUCUUUUGCUUGGGCUGUUGGAGAAAGAACAUUUCCUUCCUCCCUAUCUGUGUGGACACAAGAAUCACAUCCACUUGGACCACAAAACAAAGAAUAUAUACUACUGAGAUAAUAAUUUUAAAGUCUUUUGGGAAAUUCUUGCUGACCACUUAGAAUUUGAUGUUAUAGAAGAAAUCUUUCAUCAUACAAGACCCUGCAGGCCCUGCUGGCGCUGUGACCAGCCACUGUCCUUGAGUGGGCAAGACUUCUCUACUUUUUGCUAUUUGGAGUUCACUUAAUCCUCUAAAGUAGAGGUGUUCAGUACUUGGGUCAGCCGUGGUCAACCGAUAUAUGCCUAUAUGCUUUGAAAACUCAUAUCUGCUCGCAGGUGUCUCCAACUGCUUGAAUAUUUGGCUAAAGGACUUUAUUCACAUCGUGUUUCAAAGUCACAUUGGGAAAGACGGAGUGGAAUACAUUGUUAUACAGGCUUUCCUCACUGGAAACUGGUAGAUGAGCUGAGAAAAUCAAAUUCAAGAUAAAACCUUUCCUUGAGAGGGAACAUUUUCUCAGACGUGUUUUUGAGACACGGGGCCAUGAGUUGCAGCCGGGGUGACAGUCUUCAAAACCCUUUGACGUGGAACACCUAAAAUGGGGACAGGACUGGCCACCGUGCUCUAAGCUAAGCUCUAAUUAUUAAGAAGAAGCUUUUCCAUUCUCCUUUCUCUCCACUCGGAUUCUCCCAGCUUGCCUCUAACCUGAAGUCCUUCCAGUUCUGAAUUUGAACUGCUGCUGUCUACCUUCUUCUCCUCAACUCAUUUUUUUCCUCCUUUCCACUGAGGUGACAUCAAACACUCCUAAUCCAAACCAUGGCCAGCAGACCCUGUUUGUCUUUUCUUUCUCCCUCCCUGUUUCUUUCUCUCCUGCUUCCUGCACUGUUGCUCCUCCACCUGCCUGGUACAGUGAAAGGGGACUGCUGGCUGAUAGAGGGGGAUAAAGGUUAUGUUUGGCUGGCUAUCUGCAGUCAGAACCAGCCUCCAUAUGAGACCAUUCCCCAGCACAUCAACAGCACGGUCCAUGACCUGAGGCUGAAUGAGAACAAACUGAAAACAGUGCUAUUUACCUCCAUGUACCGCUUCACAAACCUAACUGACCUCAAUCUAACCAAGAAUGAGAUCGGCUAUAUUGAGGAUGGAGCUUUUGCUGGACAGGCCAACCUACAGGUUCUCCAGCUAGGCUACAACAAACUGACCAACCUGACUGAAGGCAUGUUGAGAGGUCUGGGUCGAAUGCAGUGCCUCUUUUUGCAACAUAACCUUAUUGAAGUCAUUGCCACCAAUGCCUUCUGGGAGUGCCCCAACCUCAGCAGUCUGGACUUAUCAUCCAAUAAGUUGGCUCGUCUUGACCCCUCUACUUUUACUGUCCUCAGUAGGCUGAUGGUGUGUGAACUAGCAGGAAACCCAUUCCACUGUGGCUGUGAGCUCUACAGCUUUCUCACUUGGCUGGAGGAGUUUAACAAUGUUACCCACACCUACGAUCGCCUCCAGUGUGAAAGUCCUCUAGAAAUGACUGGUUACCCUCUCCUGAGUCCAGUGCCUGGCCAUGGAAGAAAUGCUCGUUACAUUCUUUUAUCUCUCUGUCGAGAUGGUGUGAUUAUACCAGGAAUGACUUCCCAGAUGCCAGACUCAGAUGGCUCAGGAAUGGGUUUGGACAACCCAGACCAAGGUCUGUAUCAACAGCCAACUGUAACGUCCACUGCUGACCCAAGUUAUAACCAUCAGAUUUCUGUGAAACUUCAAACAGUCUCCCUCAACACUGCCUCUUUAAAGGUACACAUUCCACGGCCAUUCAGUAAGAUGUACAUCCUCUCCCAGUACAACCACACUUAUGUUGAAGACAUUAUGCCUCUUAGAAAGAAUAAUGAAGUAAUUACUUUGGACAAGCUGAAACCACACACCAACUACACCUAUUGCGUGGCUUCUGCUAGUAAAUCUCAGCGUUACAACCAUACUUGUCUGACCUUUACCACACGAGCUAUGGGGCCAGAGGACCAUCGAACCAAUCCAUCCACAACUACCCACUACAUUAUGACCAUCCUGGGAUGUCUGUUUGGCAUGGUCAUUGUACUUGGAUUUGUUUAUUACUGUCUCAGGAGAAGACGCAUCCAGGAAGAAAAAGAAAAAGCUAUAAGUGUGAAGAAAACAAUUCUGGAGAUGAGGUAUGGUCCAGAAGCAGCUGCUGCAGUGGUCAAUGACCCAGGAGCCAUGCAGCGUCUCCAGGAACAGGCUCACCACCAACACCACCAUUCCGGAGGAGCUGGGGGCAAACUGCCUCCAUCUGUCUCUUCUAGCACAGGAAUGCUCCAUGGAUCAGCCAACACCAGUUCUUCCCGCCUCUCCACCUUACCACAGGUAGAAAAAAUGGCUACUGCCUUUUCAGAGGCAAUGGGCGGCAAAGGCAAUUAUAUGGAUGUUAGGACAACAGGAGUGACAGGGGAAGUGAGAGAGGGAAUUGUGGCUGCCGGAGGACCGGGGACAGGAGGGGAAGUAGUUGUUGACAUGCGAGGUGGAGCUGAAAAUGGGACAGAGGUUGGGGACGAUUCAGAUGACGAUGGUCGUGGCUCCGCAUCAGAGAUCUCGACCAUUGCCAAGGAGGUGGACAAGGUCAACCAAAUCAUAAACAACUGUAUUGAUGCCCUUAAGUUAGAUGCUUCAUCUAAUGUUGUGACCACAGCUGACAAUGGCAAUUCUGUGUCCUCCUCCCAACCUCCUUGCAUUCCGUCUCUUCCACGCAAUCUUCUGCCCCUCUCACCUGGCCACCCUGGAGAUCAAAUUAUGGCCUCUUCACCUAAGGUUCAUCCAAAGUCUCAUUCUCAGCCUCACCUUCAGCCACAACCUCAGUCCCAUCCUCAGCCCCACCCACAGCUACAUCAGCCUCAUCCACCUUCUAUGGCCCCAGUGCCCCUGGUCAUGCCACUGUCUGAACGGCCUGGCAUCAGUGGUGGUGGGUUUCUCUCCCCUCCUUAUCGUGACCCACCCCCAGCUAAUGCAGUGCGGCCACUUCAAAGGCAGUUGAGCGCUGAGACUGCUGUGGUGAAGAACCGGUGUGGUGCUACUGCUGCAGGAUCUGUCAAGGGCACAAGAGUGUUCAGCGUUGAUAUCCCUGAGCCGCGCAAUGAUCCACCCAAGUACCCAGCUGACAAGAGCAGCCCUGCUGGUUGUGGUGGAGGGAGUGGAAGUGGGGGAGGUGGAGGCGGUGGAGUAGGGGGCUGCAAUGGGAAUGGGAAGGGAAACCUAAAUGGUGCCGGAGUAAGUUUGAAUGGGGGAGGGAAGGGGUGUAAGAAUGCAAAUGGGGCUGGAUGUGGAGUCAUUGGCCCAGGACAGCAACAGCACCACCUGGAGGUUCAGCCAGACUACCACAGCUCAGAGCACCGGCACUCCUUUCCUGCCCUCUACUAUGAGGGUGGCAAUGACUCACCCUCACCAGCCCAAAAGGCUUCAUUCCUCAAGCCAUUGGGCCGCACCAAGAGGGAUGCCACAGCCACCUAUUCGCAGCUGUCUCCAUCUCGUCACCACAACUACAACUCUGGCUACUCCUCAAGUCCAGAGUACUCAUCUGAGAGCACACUGCGCAUCUGGGAGCGAUUCCGUCCAUACAAGAAAAGCCCCAGAGAGGAAGCAUCAUAUAUAGCAGCAGGCCAUGCUCUGCGUAAGAAGGUGCAGUUUGCCAAGGACGAGGACCUACAUGAUAUCUUAGACUACUGGAAGGGUGUUUCUGCCCAGCAGAAGCUGUGAGUUGGGAAAUCAAACUUCAAUGCCCUAUGUGAGAUUGUGAACACCAACAGCAGACUAGUGAAGUGAAUAGAUGUAAAUGUAGCAAGACAGAUAAUAAAAUUUCCUCAGAAGUGUCUAUUGAAUUGGGCCGUUUAGCUGCUGGAUCCACAGAUAAAGAGGAAUUCUCUCUGGGUGAUUUAUUUUAAAGAGUGAUUCUGUGACAAUUCAUGACAUUUAUAGUGGUUGUUCUCAAGGUUGGCAUUUUUUUUUUCAUCACAUUACUGAGUGAUAAUUACCAGAAAUCAAGCUGUUCACCAGACUGCCUCAUACUGGGCACUUUGGUCCUUGCAGCCUUCACAGACUGGUUGACUCCCUGCUAAUGAGCAAAGUCGAGGUGGUGACAAGCAAGUGUCUUCUACCUCAUUACUGACACAUUGUAGCUCAGCUAUCUCUCUAGAAACAGCUCCAUUCAUGACUUAAGCCCUGUCCAUUUUUCUCUAAUACCAUCAAACCACCAUUCACAAAACAAUCAU